UGGAAUAUAUAAUAUAGAGAGCGACUAAAACAAUGGCUAAUGCUGAUUCUGUUCAGUUGAAGUUUGCGUCGAUUGCUGAUCAGUCAUGGAGCUUAGAAGCGGUGUUUAUUUAAUUAUUAUGAUUUUUAUACAGAGAUCGCUUGCGAUUUGUAUACCUCCACAUCAUUGCAUAGAAGAUUUGGAAUUAAGCGAAGCUAAGGAACGUUACACAUACGUGCUAUCGAAAUACGCAGAGUUGGAAAUGAAAAUUACCGGAGAGCCCCUAGGCUUGCAUGGCAAACUCGUCACGCAUGGCGACAUCGAGGAGCAGCACAUUGUGUUCCAACUGAUGGACAAUACACCGCACGACGUCAUCCAGAGCUGCGUGUUUGUGGUGACCAAGAAACCGGGCGAAUGUGAGUCCAUUGUCACAGUGUGUAACACAUUCCUGGGACGCACACCGCGACCGCUGCUGGAACGCAAGCCACUCAUGGUAUGUGAGGAUGGCGUGCGCGAGGCGGAAGUGGAAGUCGAACCGGAAGCCGAGGACACUGAGAACGCCAAUGAGGGCGGAGAGGAAACGGCCGCAGCCGCAGCGCCGGAUGUCGAUGUGACCAACGCCAGUGAGCUCAUCUAAGUAUGUUCAGUCUACUGCUACUCAAUAAAGACAAAUUGUAAUGUUCUGUGUUAUGGUUGAACCAUAUGCAAGAAAUACUUUUUUAGUACAGAUAAUGUAUGACCAUUUGCAACACAACAAAAUAAAGGAGAAUUUUUUAUAU